AUGCCUAGUAUCCUGCGGAGACACAAUACCAUAGUGGACCGCAUCGUCAACGUCAUUCAAAGUGGAACUAUUACCACCGACCAACAAGUUGGUGCAGCCAAUUCUCGUCUUCGCCCUGACAUAAUAGUAGAAGAAGAUAACAAAGUGCUAAUUAUUGAUGUAUGUUGCCCCUUCGAUAGUAAUGCUGAAGCCCUGUGUGACGCUGAACAACGGAAACUGAAUAAAUAUGAAGGGUUGAAGCAAUUCUUCGUUGGUCAAGGAAAGCAAUGCAAGGUCCUUGGUUUUGUGAUCGGUGCCCUUGGUUCCCGGCAUCCAGCCAAUGAAAACGUUUUACGACAACUUGGGAUGUCCAAACGAUAUCGUUCUUUGUUUAGGAAAUUGUGUUGCACUGACGCAAUCCAAGGAUCAACAAACAUUUACUGGGAACAUCUUGGAAUAACAGGGGGUUCUGUGGAUGCAGAUAACUCUGAGUAG